UUUUAUAGUCCCACCCAUCACCUGAGAAAUGGCCCAAAUGCUGCGUUCCCCAAGUCUGCAUCUUUUUGAGCUGAGAACAAUUCUGAGCCCCUUCCUCUCACUCUCUGUCUCUCUCUCCUCGGCCAACCUUUCCUUGGAGUGAUGAGACUUCACUGAAUAAAGAGCUGCUCUGUGUGGUUCCUCUUGAUCUCUUCCCUCCCUUGUUGUCUUCCUCCUGUCCCCAAUAUCGCAGCCAACACUCUGCUAUUGUUCCUCUGAGCAGUGGGAGGGAUGAGUAAAGAAGAAGACAUCAAGUUCCUCAAGAUACAGACGUGCAUUCUCAAAGUGAACAUUCACUGUGAUGGCUGUAAGAAGAAGGUCAAGAAACUGCUUCACAAAGUUGAUGGGGUGUACACCACCAGCAUAGAUGCGGAGCAGGGGAAGGUGACCGUCUCGGGUAACGUCGAUCCUGCCACCCUCAUUAAGAAGCUUGCCAAGGCUGGCAAACAUGCGGAGCUGCUGGCUCCGAAGGGUGGCGGUAACAACAACAGCAGCAACCAGGCCCAGAAACCACAACCACAGGGUGGUAAAGGGCAACAGAAGGACAACGGGAAGGCCCAAAAGGCUGGAAAUGGCGGUGGUGGGGCUGGAGGCGGAGGGCAAGAUCACAAGGGUCAGCACCCGCACCCGCACCCGCACCCGCAGCCAACACCACAGCAGCAGCUGCUGCUUCAACGACAGCUGCAGCAGCUGCAGCAGCUGCAACAGAUGAAAGGGGCCAAAGAUCUGCAACUGCCGCAGCUGAAGGAGUUCAAUUUCCCACCCUACAAGGAUCCCAAAUCCGUGAACACCGCCUUCCCCCCCGGUGGCUGCGACGACUACGACGACGAUGAUGACUUCGACGACGACUUUGAUGACGACGAGAUGGACGAGUUCGACUGCUUCGACGCCGAUUUCGAUGACGAUUUCAAGAACCUCAAGAUCAAGCCGCCCGUCGCGGCGCCGAAUGGGAAUGCCAUGAAUGAUAAGAAGGGAGGGAGUGGCGAUAAGGCCGGGGGCGUUCCGGUUCAGAACAAAGGCAUGUGUAACGGCAAUGAGCCAAAGAACGGUAAUGGUGGAAGCGGUAAAAAGGGUGGUGGUGGAAACCCAAACCAGGGUGGUGGCGGUGGUGGAUCUGCCACCAAGAACGGUGGUGCUGGUGGUGGUGGGGGGAAGAAUGGUGGUGGGGCCGUGCCUCAAGAUGGUAAGAAUGGUGCUAACAGUAAGAAGGGCAUUCCCAGUGGCAGUGGCAAUGCCAGUGGCCAAGCUGGGAACUGUAACACCAAUGGCAACAUCAUCAAUCCAGCCAACGGAGCUAGGAAGGGGCCUGUGAAUAGUGGAGUGGGUGCCGGGGGCCCUCCCAUGGCCAAUCCUGGCAAGAUGGGCCAAGGUUUCCCUGGCAUGGGCGUGGGCAUGGGACACCAGAUGGGGAACAUGCACGCCCCCAUGGGCCAGAUGGGGAAUAUUCCGACCGCCGCAGCGGCAGCGGCAGCGGCAGCGGCGAUGCAAGGACUCCCGGCUGGCGGUCCACCGCCCGGGUAUUACCAGGGAGGGAUGGUGGCACCACCGCCCGAGGUGAUCGCCGCCGCGGCCGCCAACGCCAACCCAUAUCAGCAGCAGUACAUAGCUGCAAUGAUGCAGCAGCAACAGCAGCAGCAGCAGCAGCAGAGGAUGAUGAUGAUGAAUGCGCAGGAUCGCGCGUUCCAGCCGAUGAUGGGCUACGCUCGGCCACCGGUGCCGAUGUACUACAACAUGCCACCGCCGCCGCCUCCGGCGGCCACACCGCAUCACCACAGCGAUCCUUACACCACCUUCUUCAGUGAUGAGAACACUAGCAGCAGCUGCUCGAUUAUGUGAAAAAGGAGAAAAAGCUCCAUCGCUUGGUGCUCGUGGUGUUCCUCACGUUGGCUGCCUCUGACCUCAUCUCGAAGUGGCAUAGGAGAGUGUCAGCUGCAAAUACAUGAAAAACAUGGGGUAAUUUACUAUUUUUUUCCUCCUUAAAUCUCUCUGUUUUUAUGUUUAGGUGAAAGGCUAUAUAUGUUGCAAGUGCAAUUUCGAUAGAAAGGUCUCUUAUUUUAUAUCAUCUAGCAAGGAUUAGAGACUUGUAUUUGGUUUCUCUUAGGACUUGUGGAGAUGAGAGAGCUGCUGUGAGGCUUUCCUGUCAUCUGUCGAUAUGUGUUUACAAGUUCAGAAUAAUAGUCAAUAAUGAUCCAAUCCCAAAA